UGGGGGGUUGUUUUGUUAUUGUAUCCCUCCGCCAGAUCUGGUACCAUCAGCGACCGAGCCGAGCCGAGCCGAGCCGAGCGAAACAGAGCAGCGCCGCCGCCGCACAAACCCGAACCGACCCCGACACCGACACCGACCCCCUGAGCCCGAGCCCACGCUGCCCCCAAACAACCCGAGAAUGAAGUUUCAAUAUAAAGAGGAACACCCGUUUGAAAAGCGCAGGUCCGAGGGAGAGAAAAUCAGGAAGAAAUACCCAGACAGGGUGCCAGUGAUUGUUGAAAAAGCUCCCAAAGCCAGGAUAGGGGAUCUGGAUAAGAAGAAAUAUCUGGUCCCGUCUGAUCUCACAGUGGGACAGUUCUACUUCCUGAUCCGGAAAAGAAUUCACCUCCGAGCUGAAGAUGCACUUUUCUUCUUUGUCAACAACGUCAUUCCCCCCACCAGCGCCACCAUGGGGCUGCUUUACCAGGAACACCACGAGGAAGAUUUCUUCCUCUACAUCGCCUACAGUGACGAGAGUGUUUACGGAGGGAGGGUGAAAAAGAUGUAACAGCCUGCACUUCUCUCUCUAUCUCUCUCUCUCUCUCCCCCCUCCUCUCUCUCACCCACAACAUACAGCAGCCGCUGAGCACGAACAGGGUCAUGAAAACGCACUUUAACUCGACCUGCUUUUUCACACUGACAUGGAGCUCUGAUUUCUUCCGGUUUGUUUUGUUAUGCUUGUUACUGUUAUUAUUUUAAUUAAUAAUAUGAUUCAUUGUGGGGGGGGGGAGGGGGGGCAGCGUUGUCACUACUCGUGUUUUUGUUUUUAUUAUUAAUUGUAUAGCUUCAUGGCGUGUACCUCCUACCUGACCAUCAUAAACUUUACUAAACUUCGAUUCUUGAAUCUCAUUUCGCAUUGGUUACUGGCUUUUGUAUGAGUUAUAGGCUUCUGCAAACUGUUACAAGGGACUUUGAAACAAUUGUCGUUGAACUUCAGUAUUUCUAGACUGAACACAUUCGAGUAUUUAAUACUUACGGAUGACUUGAGGACUAAUUUUGUCCACUUAUAUUAUUUGUACAAAGCCUAAUUAAUCGUAAAAUAAAUUUAACUAAUUGUAUAUGAAAAUAAAUAGGCUGUUUUUUUAGGUUGUAAUUUCAAACAGCAAUGAUUGAGAGGGAAGACAGUGUAGUUGGUAUGUGGCCCAUAGGGGGAGCUGUCCUCGGUUUCCUGAGUGAUGGGGAAACAUCCUGUGGGUUUGUGAAGCACACUGUGCUGGCUCUCGCAUUGUCUGUGCCAUUCCAACCUUGCAGCCCCCAGGUUACUUCAAUAACUAUUAAAGGCUCAGGCGUGCUGAAUUUAGAAAUACUGAAAGAAAUGUAAAAUUCAAUAACAAGCAUUUUGACUACCAAGUCUUUUUCAACGAAGAUACUGAAUGACUUCGAGUCAAAGUGAUUGCCGUUGAAUUCAUUGUUUCUUUUAGUAAUUAUUCUUUAGUAACCAGUUGCUUAGCAAUGUUCAUCAUUUCACAACGACAGGUUUUGCUCGAUACCUGUAACAGUGGCAGCUGAACGGUGUCAGCAGUUUCAAUAUCCACAGCUUUAUAUAUUGAAGCUCAAUGGUGUAUACAGAAGUCUAGUUUUCUAUGAAGCUUGCAUGUAAUUCCUAAAAAAAAAAAACUAUUUGACAGAUAUUAAUGUAUAGAAUAUAUUCUGAAUUAGAAUUAACAGUGGCUGUUGAAAUAAGAACUAAACGCGUCUAGCUAUUUCAUCUUAUAUUCUCAAUUUAAUAUUUCUAAGGCACGUUUCAAUGGGCAAGAAAAAUACAGUGGACUACAGCAAGGCCAGAAAGAAGGGGUGGGACAAUACAUGUGUUUUUUCUUUCUUUGUUUCAUUUUAUCAGAUACUGUUCUGUACAUUAUAAUCCAGCAGAUCUAUCAUUUCCAGUGCCACUAGUGCUGAUACUCACAAUUGCAUUCCAUCUAAGAUUAACUAGCGAAACUUCAAAACCAUCGAAUCUUCAGCAAUACAAAAAACAAUUGUGUUGUACCUAAGCUUUUAAUUUCAAGAAUUAGAUGGGUUUGGGUAACUCUACAACACUAAUCUCUGCGUGCUUCAUCCGUGGUGUUUGCGUAUAAGGGGCGCUCUUGCGUGAAGGCUGUUAUUCCCCUUGGCCAUGCUUCUGUCCUGUUAACGAGAGGUGUCUCUGCAAAACUUUGUUCUUCAAUGAAAUGCAAAACCAUCCAUCAAGUUCUGAAAUAAAACUCAUUUGAACAUUGA